AGUGUUUGAUGGUGAUUAGGUUUUAAUGAUCAGAGUAGCCUCACAACUACUUCUAGGCUCCAAAGACCUGACCUUUCUUUGUUAAGACCAAAGAACCUUUCUUUUGCAUUCUCUGAAUUUAAGACCCUUAAAACUCUCUUGGGUUUCUUCUCUCUUUGAUCAUCUCUUUUUCUGGUUCAGUUUUUGUUGUUUAAAUCAAAGGUUGCAAAUUUGAGUGAAAAGAGGUGAUGGAUUAUUAUGAACAGCUUGCUGCUAGGCCCUCUUACCAAGAUUCUCUCAAGGUUCUUGAGGCUGAUAUUCAGCAUGCCAAUAUGCUGGCAGCUUCCAUACCAAGAAGCAAGGGUGGUACGUUUCUUCAAAUGAAAUUGGUUUACAAUCAGUUGGCACCAAUUUUCCUGUUUUUGCUUCAAUGGAUUGAUUGCUCAUCAUCAUGUUUACUUGCAAGCUACUUGAAUCUUUUUGACAUAGUUAUAUAUAAGGUGCACUCAGACGGGAGGGCAGAUAUCUCGUCUUAUGGAAGAAAAGCUACCACCAGCCAAUUCUACAAUGUUAUAUUACCGUCCCUUCAGCGUCUCCAUGGUGAUUCCUUGGAUGUGGAUAUCACCCAAGAGGAAGAUUUAAAGAUGAUUGUAAAAAAGAGAUAUGAGGAUAAGAUAAAGCUUUCUGACGUCGAUUUGGAGCGGGAAAAGGAAUGUGGCAUCUGCUUAGAGCCUUGCACCAAAAUGGUCUUGCCAAACUGCUGCCAUGCCAUGUGCAUCAAUUGCUACCGUGACUGGAACACAAGAUCAGAGUCUUGCCCAUUUUGCCGGGGAAGUAUAAAGAGAGUGUAUUCCGGGGACUUAUGGGUUCUGACAUGCGGAAGUGAUGCGGUUGACACUCAAACUGUUUUAAAGGAGGACAUGUUGCGAUUUUAUCUCUUUAUUAACAGCCUGCCUAAGGAUGUCCCUGACGCUCUAUUCCUAAUGUACUAUGAGUACUUAAUAUGAAUUAACAUACAAAAUUAUGUAUAGAGAAGUAGCCAACCGUGACAUGUACAGAGUCCGGUAAAGGCGUAAGGCUUUCAUGUCGAAAAUUUUAUUUUCCUUCUAGUUGUGCAAAAUAAUGUACAUGCUCUAUGUAAGAGACGAAGUAUGAAUAUAAAGGAGCCAUCUCUUUCAGCAUGC